AUGGUGCGCGUGCCCGGAUCUUCUGGUGACUCGGGAUUUCACCGUGAGUCCCUGAGCGAAGAUGAGAAGGUCAAGAUUGAACCUGGAAUGGAAGCGUAUGAGGAAGAGGGAUCGCCGCAGACGCGUGAUGAUAAAAGAUCCCCAGAUCGUCAGAGUUUUGGGAGGGGCUCUGAUGACAAGAAGAUUAAAGAGAAAGAUCGAGCGAUCGAUCUGAAAGAGAAACCUCGACACCCUCCUGGGGUCCCUUCGGGGACCACCGCGGAUCGUGAUGCAAGGCACAAUCCGCUGGGUGAAAACCCUUCAGCAAAAACUGAACAAAAACUAAACAAGACCACUCAAGCGAAGUCAAAGAAGAAGAUUGUGAAGACAGAUCGAGUGAAGAAAGAAAAGACACGAUCAGAUCGAACUGAUCGCGAAAUGAAAUCGAUCAUUCGACCAAUCAAGCUCAUUGAUGAUGACAUGAAGAUGGAAGGCUGGAAGUUGGACCAAUUGGCACAGGGAUAUCACUGGAGGGCACUCAAGAAUUUGCUAUCGAGCGAUCCAGUGCUGCAGAUAUUGAAGCCCAAGCUGAUCGGAGAAAUUCAAGGUCCGAUUUCCCCGCCGAAGGUGACGACAAACCCGUUGGACGGGAUCAAUGCGAUCAUUCAGCUACUACAUGACGCUGGAUAUGUCGCUGGAGUGUUCGAUGCGAACAAACUGUUGGAGUGCGAUCAAGAUCAGGUGAUUCACACGUGUCGAUCGCUAUAUAACAAGUUGGCUCCCCUAACGGGUAAGUGCGAAUUUGACGAUCAAGCAGCCGCUGCGAUCGCCGAUACCCCGAGAGGAUAUCAUACUGGAUCGUCGCAGUACGCCUCAGCUGAGUCUGAAAUGGAAUCGGAUGAUUUGAUCGGUAUUCAGCGAAUGUAUCUCGGCCCAAGUGGUGCGGCACAUUUGCGUGAUCAAGUCGAUGCGAUCAAGUGCGAACCGCGAUCGGCGAUCGCAUGCGCUAAAGAAGAGAUGACGUCAGCUAUGCAAGGACACCUACAAACAUACCUGAAGGAGGCCAUGGAACGUUUUCAUCAAGAUCAACGAGAACAAGCGUAUCAAGCAAUCUACCCAAGCCAAAGAAUCAAGCCGGCAAGAGUCCAAGAAGUGUAUAUCCCAGAUGUUGAGAUGGAAUCGGUGCGAUCGCAUCGCAGUCGAUCUAACAAUUUUGAUUUCGACGAUGCCGAUCCCGACGAUUCGGGCCAAGAAGAGCGGCGACGUGCUAUGGUAGCCACCACAGAGACGUUUCAAAACGGUGAUAGUAUCCCUCAACGCAUUCGAGUAUCCGCGAUGACAUAG